AGCAACAGGAGCCUGGGAGGCCAGGCCCGCCCGCUCCCUGCGGCCCCCUGGGGCCACCUCAAGGCCCCCCUGCCUAUUCCCCUCCUUGGGGCUCUGGAACUUGCCUGCUCAGGGUUCCUCUUCCAGGCCUUUUGCAAGUCCUGACUUCCCCUGCCCUCCCCCUCCCCUCUCGUAUGGACGCCAUGCGCCUGUCCCCUGCCUGUUCCCUUCAGGGCCUGGUCUGGGGCCCUCUCAUCCUAGGCCUCUUUGGGCUUCUGGCUGGCCAUCAAAUCAGACAAGGGCCUCCAGAUGACAAGUGUGGAGACAAGGGCUAUUAUGACAAACACCAGGUCUGCUUCCGCUGCCCUCCAGGUAUGUUUGUCAGUGAGUUUUGUGAUGGACACCGAAAUACCACGUGUACUGAGUGCGAAUCGGGCUCCUAUAAUGAAUUCUGGAACCACAUCGGUAAAUGCCAACUUUGCCGCAGCUGUGAUGAAGUGCUAGGCUUUGAGGAGAUAGCUCCCUGUAAUGCCAGCAAGAAAACACAAUGUCGAUGCCGCCAGGGAACGUACUGCCCCAACCGGGGUAAUGGCUGUGAACACUGUGAGGCGCUCAGCUCCUGCCCACCAGGCACAGAGCCUGAACUUACAGGCAGGAUUGGAGAGUCUGACAACAAAUGUGUUCCCUGUAGCAGUGGAUACUUCAAGAACAUAUCCUCUCCUGACGUUCGGUGCCAACCUCAUACCAAUUGUGAGGCACAGGGCCUGGUGACUGCUGUUCCUGGUACUGCCGAAUCUGAUGCCAGAUGCCAUAUCUCACCUUGGAAGAUACCAGGGACAAUUUUGCUGCUAUCUAUCCUGGUCCCCAUGGCUUCCAUUCUACUCCUUAUCAUUGUCUUCUCCUGUGCCUGGAAGAGACACCCCUCUCUCUGCCGGAAACUAGGGUUGCUACUCAAGAGGAGACCCGAGGAGGAUCUGAAUUCUCCCCCAAACCGGAAUGUCCCUAUCACCACAAAGUUCCCUGACUUGGUAGAAGCAUUCCUGAAUUCUUCAGGAAAUGCACCUCUGGUUCCUGAUGGACUUCUUCCUCCACCAGCAUUGGAAACAGAAAUCCUACAUCAACAAAAUUUCAUGGGCCCUGGCAGAGAGCAGGGCCCAGAGCCUGGGGAACAGAGCCAGGAGCUGCCCCCAGGUACCAAUGGUAUCCAUGUCACAGGUGGUUCAGUCACUGUCACAGGCAACAUCUAUAUCUAUAAUGGACCAGUCUUAGGAGGAGCACGGGGACCAGGAGACCCUCUACUUCCCCCUGAGCCCCCUUACCCUAUCCCAGAGGAGGGUACCCCAAAUUCUCUGGGCUUCACUGGACCACACCAAGAGGAUGGCAAGGCCUGGCAUCUAGCUGAGACUGAGACCAUGGGAUGUCAUGACCACUAGCUGAGGAUGAAGGAAUUCCAAUUUGCUGAGUAUUCCUGAAAGUGCCUGAGGGAAGCAGAGAAGAGCCAGAGCACGAUCUCACCUGAGGCAGUCUCACUUGCACAGGAUUUAUAGGGGGUCUUACUUAAAGCCCCCUGGGAAAGCAGAGUCACCAUUGGGUCGAAUCAGAGAUACUGCUAAGGGUGAAGUGUCUACUAUGGGUAUUGGACAGCUGUGAAUGCCCUACCAAGGGACUCUAGCACCUACCAGGGCAUCAAAGGACAUUCUAGUCCUUAUCAGGGACUUGUCCAUACCAGCUGUGGACACUGUGAGGACACCUGAUGCCAACUCCUGCCUGCCUAGUGGUUCUGCCACACACACCACCACCACUACCACCAAGCACAGAAUGGAUACUGGCCUUGAGGCAUUCCCAUCCCAUGACUGCUGGGAAACUGAACAUUCAUCCCAACCCCUGAGCCUCAGGGACCCAAGGGGUGGGAUAAGUGUCUCUCCAGGGACUUUGGCAGAGCUAGCCUGGAAAUGAGGUCAAGUGGAAGAACUCUCCUAGAAGAAAAGGUGUCCCAGUAAAGUGGGGGUGAGGGGUUUAGA